ACCGAGGCACUUGACUAGGAUAUCUGAGUGUGUCAUCUGAGGGCCCGAUGGAACCCGACGCGAUGGGGCCACAACCGAUCAUGGGCGAAGUAGGAGAGGAGUACAGGACAUCGCCCGAUCGCGCCCUGAGAGAUCUGAAAGACCGAAUUAGGCGUGAAGCGCCGCUGAGAUGGGCCGACCAAACCAAUGAAGGGGGACCCGGCGAAAGGGGCGAACCGGCUGUGACAGAGCCGCGGGGAGCUCUAAGGACAGGCACCUCGGACGAACGGCGAGAAGUGACGAGGAGACGCUCUCCCGAGUACGAGAGGAGAGACACCACGGCAGACAGGCACGGAGACGACUGGAGAGAGAGUUUGAGGGAUACCUAUUGGAGGGACAGAGAUAGAGACAGGGCGCCGCCCAGGCGAGUCUUCGACCCUCAGACAGGGGAGUCAUAUCCUCUUCCUUACGAGACCAAGGAUCACUAUAUUAUCGCGCACAUGGCCUCGGAGCCUCCUACCUUCAGGAGCUAUGGUAUCACGGAAUAUCUGGAGAAGUGGGAGCUUCAUGCCUGCCGGAGUCGGUGGUCAGAGGAAGAGAUUAUAGAAAACUUCCUAUUUAAUGUAGACCCAAGUCUCGGUAGGAAAGUCAAAGGAGCUCGACCGAAGGAUGGAAGAUGGGCUACUUACAAGAAGAACCUCUUGGAGUUUUACAAAUUAGAGGAUAACAAGUAUUCCAUCAAAGACUUAGAAACAAUAACUCAAGAAGAAGAUGAGAGCGUGCGAGCAUUUGGGAUGUGUUUCCAAAAGAUCUCCGACGUGCUGAUGACGAAGGGGAAGAUCUCCGAAGUCGAGCGCUGUACUAUCUUCAUAGGACACUUGUCUAAAGGUAGGCAAAAAAGUAUACUUAGAGAUCUUCCUCGCGACAGGCUUGAUUUUCCUGAAGUCCUAAAGCUCGCGAUAAAGGCAGAGGCAGAUGAUUACAAGGACUUGGUGUGGAGAGGGAUGAGAAGACGUGACUUCUCUCUCUACAAGGAGUAUGCCACGGAUAGAUGUCCUGAUUUCAARGACUAUCCCUGGUCGGAGAAGAAUGAGGCCGUAGCUGAGGAAGUGAAGGAGAUACGGGAUAUGGUGAAGGGAUUGACGAGGCAGGGAUAUGCGGAGAAGGCUGAGCCAUUGAGGUUACUCCUUCGAAAGACUGAAAAAUUUCACUGGGAUGCUUCGCAGGAACUCGCAAUGCAAGAACUUAAAGACGAAUUUAAGGAAGGAGGGCGCGUGUUGGGUGUUCCAUUCUUUGACGACGAAACCGAGAGACCCUUCAUAGUAUCCACGGAUGCUGGACCAUGUUCAGUGGGUGGUUUGGUGUCUCAGAAGGACGCUGGAGGGAAGGAAAAACCGUUAAGAUUUGAGAGUAUGACACUUAAUACGGCUGAGCGUAACUACAGCCAAUUCAAGAAAGAAGUGUUAGCUGUUCUACGGUGUCUAGACACAUUCAGACACUAUAUCUAUGGGCGACGGUUUAUCUUGAGAGUAGACCCCACCGCGGUUGCCUCUGUCCUCCAGAAGGACUUUAGCCUGACGGACCCGACCAUCGCCCGAUGACUGAUACGGAUUCGUCUAUACGAUUACACAGUGGAAAGGAUAUCUGGCACUAAAAAUGCCGUGGCAGAUGGACUUUCGCGGAUCCCUCUAGAGGCUGAGCGCUCGAUAGUAGCUGGGGCCCUGACGUUGGCGGAACCCAGCCGCGCCGAGAGAUUUUUGGUUAACCUAUACGAGGGCAAGUACCGAGCGAUCGGGCUACACUUGACAGGAGAGGAGAGUCAAGAUUCAGAUAUUCGGAAGCAAGCCGCCAAGUACUGCCUUAGAGCGGGCCACCUUUUCCGAAGACCGGUAGGAUCRGGGAUGCCCUUACGAGU